AUGGAUCGCCGCAUUCUUCCCGCACGGUUUCCCCUACUGCUCUGGCUGCUGGCUGCUCGCUGUGCCUGGCGCUCGGGUAGCAGCCGAGUCCUAUGUCUGGAUUCCGAGACAAAGAUUCUAGGAAAAUCCGGCACGCUGGCCAUCCAGUUACCGGGAGAUGAGGCAGAGGGCUGCCCGGGUUUCAGGCGAAACCUAAGCUCCAGAAUAAAAACCCUGAUGUCCUCUCCAUGCCUAAGAGAAUCACGGUCUAACGCCUACGGGAAUGAGAUAACAGUCACCCAGGUAACCUGGAUGAGAAGGAAUCUAGACGCCCGCUCUACCGUGGCUGUCUUCCACCCCAAGAAGGGGCCCAGCAUCACAGACCCAGAGAGGGUGAGGUUCUGCGCUUCCAGUCUGGACAAAGAUUCACCAAACGCAUCUCUGGCCAUUUCCCACUUACGUACUGAUGAUGAAGGCAACUAUGAAUGUCAGUUUGCCACAUUCCCCUCGGGCAGCAAGAGUGCCACCGUCUGGCUGCAGGUGCUUGCCCGACCCACAACCAGGGCAGAGGCCCUGAAGCCCUCCCCCACCCCGGCGCUGCAGGAAGUAGCUAAAUGCAUCUCCACGGGUGGUCGCCCUCCGUCGCGAAUCCACUGGCUCUCAAACCUGAACGGAAGCAUCCAUGAAACUCAGGAGCGGGAGCCCCAGCAGGACACCUUCACAGUCGCCAGCGUCUUCUCCGUGGUGCCCUCGAGCCAGGUGGAUGGCAAGAACAUCACCUGCCGGGUGGAGCAUGAAACCUUCUCCAAGCCGGACCUGCGAACCGUGACGCUUUCCGUGCUCUAUCCACCUGAGGUGUCCAUCUCUGGCUAUGACAACAACUGGUAUGUUGGUCGCACUGAGGUGGCCCUGACCUGUGAGGCUCACAGCAAACCAGACCCUACCAUCUACAAAUGGAGCACGACCACAGGUUCUCUGCCCAAUACCACCAAGGCCCAGGGCAAGCGGCUCCUAAUCACCACCGUGGACAACACUAUCAAUAACGUGACCUUCAUUUGCAAUGUCACCAACGCCCUAGGGUCCGGGCAGGGCCAAGUAACCGUCCUAGUUACAGGGGAUCCUGUGCAGCCACAUUCAGGCUUGGGCACACGCUCCAUCGCUGGCAUCUGUGUUGGCAUAGCUUUGCCCAUCAUAAUACUCGUUGUAUUCCUGUGGUACAAGCAUG